AAAACAACUGACCGGACGUGAUGCAUGGGUUGUUUCCGGUGGUGAUCGGAGCACGAGCUUGACGGUGAUGCGCAGCUCGUGAAGCUUCAGAGCACAAAGAUCGAAGAUCAUCAGAAGAGGUCACAUGUCUCCCUCCGCCCCUCUCUCAUUGGUCCUCCUCCUCCUGGGUCUGGUCUCUACGGAGACCACUGACCAAUCCCUGGAGGACCUGUCCAAUAGAAACACAGACUUUGCCGCCCGGCUGUACCGUGCCGUCUCCAGUCGCACUGACGACAACGUCUUCUUGUCAGCGUUCACACUGUCCACCGCGCUGUCUGCCCUGCUGAGCACCACCAGUGGACCGACCCAGAGCCAGCUUCUGCAGGGACUCAGCCUCACCGGAGUGGACCCUAAGACCCUCCCAGAUCUGUUCCAAGGCCUCAGGACCCUGGUCCUGCAGGGGACUGUAGCCCAGAACCUGAAGGAGGGCAUGGCUGUCUUCCCCUCCCAGUCUUUCCCUGUCUCACCAACCUACCAGGACCAGGUUCAGACCAAGUUUGGGGGGACUGCUCAAAAUCUGGCCUACACAGCGCCGCAGGAAGCCACCGACACCAUCAACCGUUGGGCCCAGGACCGGACUGGAGAGCAUGUCCAGGAGCUGGGGACCAGCCUGGACCCCCAGACCCAGCUGCUGCUCACUACCGCUGCCUACUACCAGAGCCGCUUCAGUCCGGCCUUUAACGCGUCUUCCACUCAGGACGAGCGUUUCUACGUGGACAAGUAUCAUGUGGUCAUGGUUCCCAUGAUGUUCCGGGCCGAUAAGUUCUUCCUGGCGUACGACCGCUCGGCGAAGGUCGGUGUGCUGAAGCUGCCGAUGGCAGACGGGACGGCCAUGUUGGUUCUGCUGCCCGAUGAAGACGUUGAAAUCACUGCCGUCGAAGAGGAAGUGACCGGAGAGAAGAUCCAGGCCUGGAUCAGACAGCUGAAGAAGACGAAGUUGGAGGUGCAGCUGCCGCGCUUCCUGUUGGAGCGUUCCUACUCUCUGCGUGACGUCAUGCAGACUCUCGGCGUCACUCAGGUGUUUCAGGAUGACGCUGACAUCAUCAACAUGGGCGAAGCUAAAGGGCCCAAACUCACACAGGUUUAUCAGAAAUCCGUUGUGUCCAUUGAUGAGAGCGUUGAUGAUGUCACAGCAGGAGGUGGAGUCAAUGGGUUCUCCAGCCUUCCUCCUCGACUGACCAUCAACAGACCCUUCGUCUUCAUCAUCUACCAGCAGACCAUCCACAGCGUGCUGUUCAUGGGCCGCGUCAUCGACCCCAGCAAGAAAUAGAGCCCCGCCCACCUGAGUCACACCUGUCCACACACUCUAAAAACUGGAUUUAUUGUAACGACAUAGAAACCUUUCAUGUACUCUGAACGCAGCACACCGAAAGCACCCUGCUUACCGUCUGCGACAUCAUAUAGUGAUAUAAAUACUACUAUAUAAGUUAUAUUAGUAUCAGUACUACUAUAUAAGUUAUAUUAGUAUCAGUACUACUAUAUAAGUUAUAUUAGUAUCAGUACUACUAUAUAAGUUAUAUUAGUAUUAGUACUACUAUAUAAGUUAUAUUACAGUACUAUAUAAGUUAUAUUAGUACUACUAUAUAAGUUAUAUUAGUAUUAGUACUACUAUAUAAGUUAUAUUAGUAUCAGUACUACUAUAUAAGUUAUAUCAGUACUACUAUAUAAGUUAUAUUAGUAUUAAUACUACUAUAUAAGUUAUAUUAGUAUCAGUACUACUAUAUAAGUUAUAUUAGUACUACUAUAUAAGUUAUAUUAGUAUCAGUACUACUAUAUAAGUUAUAUUAGUAUCAGUACUACUAUAUAAGUUAUAUUAGUUUUAGUACUACUAUAUAAGUUAUAUUAGUAUUAGUACUACUAUAAAAGUUAUAUUAGUAUUAGUACUACUAUAUAAGUUAUAUUAGUAUCAGUACUACUAUAAAAGUUAUAUUAGUAUUAGUACUACUAUAAAAGUUAUAUUAGUAUUAGUACUACUAUAUAAGUUAUAUUAGUACUACUAUAUAAGUUAUAUUAGUAUCGAUACUACGAUAGAUACUAUAUAAGAAGUAGUUAUAUAACUUAUAUAAAUUGAAGUAUAAAUGUAUUUCCUCUCUGGGCCUUCGGGCUUUAUCCACUGACAGUUUAAAUUUAACCUGCAAUCUCUCUAACAGCCAGCAGAGGGCAGCUCCACUCUGAUAGUAUUGAGUCUUAUGGAGAUGUAUGAGCUCAGUAAACAGUUUCCUGAUGAGUUUCUGGUCUCAGUCUCUAGUUUCAGUCUUCUUCCAUACAGCAUGAUGUUCAUUUAGUAACUGAUGUAAACAGCUACUGCGAAAAGUAAAACAUUUCUUCUGCCGGUUGUUUGUGAAAUAAGUUCAUAAGAACUCGUCUCCAUGUUUGGAUGCCAAUCAAUGAUAUAAAAUAAAAUAAUAAUAAUCAAUAAUUCUCUCAGUCUGUUCUGAAACUGUAAACACUAGAAAGUUCAGAUAUUUGUGUAAAAAGUUCAGAAACCUGAAAAUAAACUACUUAAAGGGACAUUGUGUAGGAAUUUCUCCCAUCUAGUGGUGAAAUUGUAUUUUGCAUUCAAACGAAUAGUGCUCUCUCGUGCCUCAGGUUUUCAAAUGCGUAUUGCAACUACGGUAGCCGUUAUGUACCAAGAAGCCUACCUGUGGAGGAGAAAGCAGGCAACUUCAGCGUCCCUUUGAAAGUCUUUCUCCUUCAUUAGCUCUUUCCACCUGGGAAAAGCUACCCCGAUGUUUACCCUCGUUUUUUGAAUUUGGCGGUCACAUUGCCUUUUUAAUUCCCCUUUUGGCUUUGUUGGUGACGAGGAUUCCUUCUCCUGUGGCUCGGCAUAAGUAUGAUCCUCCAUUAUUAACUAAAGUGCAGUGCAGACUUUCAAAUGUGCCGGGCAGUGACAAGCGCCUCUCACUGAUCUCCUUCUCCGUUAUAACUGGUUACAGUCACGUGACGCUGGCUCUGAACGAGAACGCGUUGUGGAUUAGUUAGACAGGUAGGCUAGUGCUUUAUGUCCCUCUCGGUGAUUAUAGUUUUUCAAAAUGGCGGUACGACAUGGAAGCCUCCAUGGACUUGCCCGUCCAAUGUAUAUACAGAUAAGAAAUUCUUCCCUUACGAGGAUAAGUCAGAUCAUUGGCAGAGGUAAUUUUACACCAAUGAGGACACAUUUAUGAAUGAAAACAUUGAUUUUAGCUAAUACAAUACUUAAAACACUACACAAUGUCCCUUUAAGUGAAGUAACAAAGUAUUUGUACUCACAAAACAAACCGUGGUACCGUCUGUAUACUGUAAAAUAUUAAACAUUAAAAUGUUCUCAAUCUC